AUGUCUGAUGUGAGAAUAAAAUUCGAUUGGGGCGACGCCAGUGUGGAUCAGCCCAUGCCACAGGCCUUCAAGGAGAAGGAGGUGGCCAAGGCCGGCUGCCACACCCCCCGGGUCUACCGCUUCAAGGACAUCUACGAGGGCAAGAGGAAGCAGCUGCUGAGCAAGUGCCUCGAGGCGGAGCGCAAGCAGCGCGAGUUCCACAGCCGUCCAGUGCCCAACUUUCCCCAGAUCCACGAGCGCCAGGCGGCCAAGCCCGUCGUCCACCGUGUCACCCAGCCGGUCACCCCCAACGUGCUCAAGAACUCUGCUCCGGCGGAGAUGAGGCGCCGCCAGCGGCUGGAGGAGCAGCGCCUCCGUAAGGAGCGUGAGGACUACCAGAAGCACCGCCAGUUGACCACGUUCCGGGCUAGUCCCAGCCCGUUCAGCACUACGCCACGUUAG